AUGAGGCAAUUCUCUAUCCUACUGGUGUUUGAGAUCCUGGUGGUACUGAGUAGAAUCAGCUACAUUAUGGGAAAAAGCGUGGUGCCUGUUCUCACCCUGGAUCUAAAAAAGAGGACGCCUGGUAAUAAGUCGCAGACGGAGAAUUUGCAGUACCUACCAUUCAUAAUGCUAAUCGACAAGAGCAAGGACACGAGCGAGUACUGGCGAGAGACUGAGAUCCUCUCCCUCGUGAGAGACAAUGAACUGGAUAUAGACUAUGACCGUUGUGAACAGACAUUGCCCAUGAACACUAUCGUCAAGUUCCCUUCGCGACGCACCGUUAGACCUAUUUGCAAGAGUCGAAUUGAUUACCAGCUCUGUCCUCAGUGUGCUCAUUUCAGUAAUUUCACUGAGUGCGAGCUCUUCAGGGAUUCUUGCAGAGAAAAAAGAGUAACGCCAGACGAACAGCGCAUUUACUGUGACCGUAAAUAUGGUAAAUGGCGCACCAUGUUCAUCCCCGCUGACUACUCGCAGUGCCGAUGUUGUGACGAGUGUGUUUUCUAUAGAGAACUGGACCAGUCUUGUGUUCAGGACGACUACAGUUUUGACGCUGAGGAGUUCCUACCUGUUACUUCGAUUGAUUUCAGAGCUGGCUGUAAUCCUUACUGGGGACAUCCCGAGCAAGAAUUCCGUGCUCUCCGAUGUGAUAAGGUUUUAAGAAGAUGCGUUCCUGUUACUAUUCCUCCUUUACCAAAUGAAACUCUACAUGUGCGUCGCAGUUUCCGCUACGAGCCUACAACAGGUGGCAGAGAAUGUCCCGUAUCCUGUCGGGGUUACGAAUGCUUCGGAGGGCUAGUGAAUGAGAGACAGUGCUCUCUUGGAGCCUUCUUGCCGGAUAAGGAACAAUGCAAUUGCUGUGGACGGUGUAGUUCUUAUCAGCACUGUGCAAGAGAGAAAUGCCGCACCGGAUCGAACGUGGAAUGUGACGGCUAUGGCAACUACAAGGAAGCAGUGUUCACGCCCCAUGUCGAUCAAUGGUCCGAAAAGAACGAUGAAGAAGAUGAAAAUGCACAACAACCAGCGCUAAUGUCUGAGGAAAUAGCUGUACCGUCUUCAGUGAAAACAGAGAAAAUUAUUUAAACGACCAAUCAAAAACCAAGAACAACUUAAGUAUGACCAUUGAGAAGGAACAACCAACUGGUGCCAGAACAUCCAGAAUUUCCCAACCAGAAUUUACCAAAUGGAAUUUCACAAUGAAAAAGACAUUAUUUUAGUGUUCGGAAAUUCACUUGUAAAACGAGUACUUGUUGUGGAAAACUCUAUGGUGUAAGAAUGUAAAGAACCAGCAAAUUGUAAAUAAAAUAAAAGUAU